CGUUUCGUCGAGCAGCACACUGGACAAUGUUGUGACGGCGGGACGUCGUCUGCGAGUGAGCGGUGGUUGUAGCAGCAUCGAAACAGUUAAUGGUAGUCAGCGACAGUUGCUCUGUCAAACCCUGUGAGGAGUAACAAGUGCCGCUGCUCCGAAGCCGACUUUUUCGUUCACUUUCAGCUUUUUAACUGAUCCCCACUCUUUGUGGAAUAGAUAGACAGAUAUAUUUUUGGUGAUAUUUAACUUUUCCGGACAAGUUUUAUUUUGCGGGAAUGAGUAUGCGCCAACAUUGUGACAAGUGAGCGAGCCAGCAGGAUGACAGAAGCGACGGACGGGACCCCUCACCUGAGCGCACCGAGCAGCCCAUCAGGUGGGUGCAGCGGAGCCGCUCCGGAGCAUCUCCCCGCCAGCCACCGUGCUGUGCCAGUCAACGGCGACAGGGGCCGACAGAGAGCCCACAAGCAGAGGCAGCGGGCGGAGAACUGUGGACAGAUCAACGCGGACAAGUUGUGGCAAACGAAAGGCGGACAGACGGGGGUGUGUUCGGUAUUGAACGCCAAAGGUUCGGUGGCAGAGAAGAAGCCGGAAAGUCACGGCGAGGACAAGGAGGGCAGCAUCCAGAACGACUCCGACACCGGCUUGGAUGCGCGCCUGGGCAAGAAGCGGCACCGCCGCCGGACCUCCAAGAAGAAGCGCAGCUGGAAGCCGUACUGCAAACUUUCCUGGGAGGAGAAGAAGGCUCUGGAGGAGCGGGAGACCGUGCGAGCCUCCCGCUUGAGGGAGGAGAUGUUCGCCAAGGGACUCCCGGUGGCUCCGUACAACACCACCCAGUUCCUGAUGGACGAGCACGACCGAGAGGAGCCCGACCUCAACACCGAGACCGGUGUUCGGCGGCCCUCCGGCGUCCGCAGCCGCAUGGAGGACACCGGCAGCGAGGAGGACUUCUUCGACGAGGACGAAGAUGAAGAUGACGGCAGCGGCGGGGGCAGCGACGGCAUCGGGAGGCCCGGCAACGCAGGUGGAGAGUUUCUCCAGAGAGACUUUUCCGAAACCUACGAGAUGUACCACAGGGAGAGUCUGCAAAACAUGACCAAGCAGGAGCUGGUCCAAGAGUACCUUGAGCUGGAGAAGUGCAUGUCCCGGCUGGAGGAGGAGAACAACCGGUUGCGGCGUGCCCUGGAGCCCGGAGGUCAGACCGUGGAGAGCUCCCUGCUCCGACUCAAAGAGCUGGAGAGAGAACUGGAGAAACUCAAGGCUCAAAACACCGAGCUCCUUCAGCAGAACCAGCCCAGCCUGGACCAGAACCAGGGCUCCGCCGACUAGGGACACAUGUCACCUCUUUUAAAAAGGUAAACAUGGGACUAUUUUGUUUCUUAAGACGUGUCAUCAGUUUCCUGUGUCAUCUGGACUUUGCACUGAAGUACUUUCAAAUAGUUGGGGCGAAGGAAAUGUUCGAAUGAAAUCAAGCUUUUUUUUUUUUUUGUUAAGAGAAAGUAUUUCUUUGUUUCCUGAAUCAGGUUCUCAACAAUCAGUGACAACAUUUUGACUUUUAUGUUUCAUCUCCCUAUAAAGAUCCAACCCACUCACAGAACCACCAGUCAAUUGCUCCGGAUGGUCAAAAUCCAAUUCAAACAUUUUAACAGUUGUGUGUUAACAAGAGUUGAAAUAAAAACGUUGAAAUUCAAA